AUGGAGGUAGUUACAUUUUAGAAGGAACACUAAAGCAAUAGUUUUGGUAUAUCAACUUAUUCAAAUAGAAUGAAUUAUAUUAAUCAAUAAAAAGAAAAAGGAGAAGAAGAAUUGAUACAUGAUGAAAGAUCCGCGAUUAGCAACAGCUUAGAAACCUUAGCUAAAUUUUUAGUAUUUAUUGGUUGCACUAGUGCCUUAACCAUAUUCAUAGUCUUAGAAUUAUAUAUGGAUAGAGAAUUAAAUGAAUUACAACAACAGAUUUCUCAUAAUUUGUACUCGAAAAGUAUUAUCAGAUUUUAUAGAUGA